UUGGGCAGUUAGAUAAAACAAAAAGAAAGAAGAGACAGAUCUAGAGAGAGAUGGGUUCAGCCACAGCCCAAAGACUGAUUUCUCUAGCAGCAACUUUCUGCCUAAUUCUGAUCAAGGCAAUUCCAGGCAACUCCUCCCCAACAGCAUAUGAGGUUCUUGAAGGCUACGACUUCCCAGUUGGCCUUCUUCCCAAAGGGGUCAGAAGCUAUGAUCUCAACGCCACCACAGGUCAAUUCUCAGCCUACUUCAAUGAUAGCUGCAGCUUCCGUCAAGCCUCAUACCAAUUGAAGUACAAGCCCGCUAUCAAAGGUUACAUAUCAAAUGGCAAGCUAUCUAGUUUGGAAGGUAUCAGUGUAAAGGUGGUUUUCAUGUGGAUGGACAUAAAAGAGAUCAUCAGGAGCGGCGAUAAUCUUGAUUUCUCUGUGGGGGUUGGGAAGACGGGGUUUCCUGUUGACUACUUUGAGGACUCUCCUCAAUGUGGGUGUGGCCUGAACUGCGGUCGUAGGCAAGCAAGGAAGCUUGGAAUAAACCCUUUUGCUUGGUCUUGGUAGGGGAAUUGAAUUGAGAUAAGUGGCUUGUUUGAAUUCCUUUGAGUUGUUUGUUGGAUUGAUUGAUGUGGGUUGUGCUUAUUAUGAUGAAUUAUUGUUGUUUUUAGUUGAUCUUUGGGAUGCAUGUACAAAUGUGUAUUCCCAUUGAAGAUGGAAAAAUUAAGAAAGGGAAAGUCAAAUAUUACCUUAUUCCUUCGAGCACCAUCAAGAAUAGGGGUAAGGUGCAUAAUGCAAUUAUAUAAAUUCAUUUAUAUAUUUAUCGUCAAUUCGUUACCACUGUCAUUUAA